ACGACGGCCAAUGUGGGUUGAAAAUUGGUGGCGGGAAAGAUAUAAAAUUUAUCUUUCAAGAACUCGAUUUAUUGAAAUGAGUUUUCAAUAUGAUAUAUUAAGUAGACGAUAAACGAGAUUAUAAUAUGAUAUAUUAUAAUAUGAAGGGAAGCAAGAUGGUCAGCUUAGUUAUACUGCUGGGCGUGAUCGUCGUCGCCAUGGCUAUAAAUAUCCUUAGUUUUCUUGAAAAUUGGGUAAUGUAUUUAUGUGUAGGUAGCUGCUUAUAUAUAUCCACAACAUUAAGAGUGUGGACAGAACGGAAUUCCUCAUCCCUAAUUAGUUACAGAAUUUGCAGUAACAGCUUCUCUUAGUUUUGGCCGUCGAUGAAAUCGUCCGUUAAAAAUUAAAAGGGAUUCUGCUGGACUACAUAUUAUGCUCUCUGGAAGCUUGUGCAUGCAGCCGUCGACAUGCAAUUGCAUGCAAAGUCUAGUUACGUACGUAGCCCACUCUUCCUUUCUUUCGAAUGGGCUAGGCCCAGCCCGCUAACGUUCUGUGACAAAAGACUUUCCCCGUCAGACAGGCCCAUAUUCCUGGCCUGGUUAGUGGGAAAUUGACCUGUCCAAUGAGUAGAGAGACACUUUAGUACAAGUUUUCCUGGUAGUGGUAAGUAUGCAGACUGUGUCAUUAUUCUGUCCCUUUUCCUUUCCCAUAAAGAGGCAGAAACUUCAAACUGUCAAGAGGAUCCAAUGCUCAAAUGGAGAAUAAUCCUACGAUACAAGUCCUAUAUUAUAACGAUAUCGACAAACAAACCAACAUUAUGUUACGAAUUUCGUCAAAUCGAUGAUUUUUCAGACCACAAGCGAUUACCGAAGCGCAGUACGUUUGGCUUCUUUCACCAUUAUCCGAAUCUGAUACGUAUGUUCGUUGAACAAAUUUGUAUCACGAAUCUGUUAUUGGUCUAACACACAAGGUAGCAUUAGUAUUUCUUUACUGAAAGUAAAACCCAUGGUAAAUAAAGAUGCAGGCUUUUCCUUUUAGGAAAGUGGUGGGAGCACAAACACAACACUCAAAGCAGAGGAAUAGUUUGACCAGUCUCAAGAAAUAUAAGCAUUUAGAUGAGACAAAGCUGCUAAACCAGCAGCAGCAGUAUCUUUCACUACCCAGCAGAACCCAUUAAUGGCGUCCUUUGCUUGGCUGUCUCACUUGUGCAAUGUAGCGCCCACCACCCACCAACGGAAAUUGCAGCAGCUAACAUUACAAACCUUUCCUACUUAGCUGCGACAACAACAAACAAUGGCUAAUUCUCUCCUCGACUUUCCUUAACACGUGAGGCAGGCAGGCAGCUGCAAGCAAUAAUAGUAGUAUCGGGUCGAGUGGAGCUAUUUUUCGCUUUUCACUUUACUGUUCUCCACAGCAACAACAGUUGCAGAGAGAAAAGCACACACUCGAGAGAGAAAAAGCAAAAGCAUUCCAAUUGAUGAAACUCUCUACCCAUGAUUCCAUGGAGGAACUUCUCCCUUUAUUCCAUUGUUGUUUGUAGCAGCUUUCUGCAUUCUCGAGGAGCCAAAAAUCUCACUUCCAUAGCACUACUAUUAUUAAGCCCUGCAGCAUCAUUUACACCAUUUCAUGCAAAUGUGAGACAUUAUCAGUUAGUAUCAUUGCUCAUUAGCUUACUUUCCUCUCUUCUCAUUCCAUCAUUUUGCAUCGCUGGCAAAUACGCUCCCCUGCCUUCUGUAUUGUAUUAAAUAGCAAGCAGUGGCAGCAGUACUCUUCUGUUAUGUAUCAAGGCGAUGGGGAAGACUGGAGGAAGCUCUUCUUGGUUCACUGCUGUCAGAAAGGCUUUCGGUUCUCCCACCAAGAAGAUCACCAAUUCCUGCACUGCUACAACUACUGCUACUACAGCUGAAUCUCAUGAUGCUAACAAGAAAACAAGCAAAAGGAGGGAAGACCAUGAACAAGAAGAUGAAGAGAAGAAGAGAGGGAAAAGGAGGUGGAUGAAUUUCAGCAGCAGCAGCAGGAAGAGCAACUCUAGUAGUUCCACCACCAGCCAGCAGGAGACUGCUGCUACUACUGUCAUUCUCCACCACUGUGGCGGCGGCGGCAGGAUGGUGGUGUCGAAUUCCCCCACGGAGCAAGCUGCUAGUAAGCAAAGGCACGCCCUCGCGGUGGCGAUGGCCACCACUGCAGCCGCUCAGGCUGCAGUUGCCACCGCUCAGGCGGCGGUGGAAGUCGUCAGGCUCGCCAAUCCUUCCCUCUUUGUCAAGCAGCAUUUCGCAGCGGUCUCGAUUCAGACAACCUUCAGAGGCUACUUGGGGAGGAAGGCACUGAGGGCGCUGAAGGGAGUGGUGAAGCUGCAAGCAUUGGUGAGAGGGCAAAAUGUCAGGAGACGAGCGAAACUCACCCUUCACUGCAUUCAAUCUCUGCUCAGAGUUCAGGCUCAGGUGCUUCACAAUCGCAACCACCACGGCCGUUCUCUUUCUCCAGCCACCGCCGACGGUGGCCGUCUUACUGUUAAGCACAGCCUGGAGCAAUGCUUCAGAGAUGGUGACAACUACUGGGACAAUGACAAUGCUGCUGCUGUUGAUGAUGAUGAUGGAACAAAGGCGGAAAUGGAAGAGGAAAUUCGUUCAAUUUUACAACAAACCCACCAGCUGUGGAGCGGCGGCGGUGAGAGGAGAAGGGAGAGGGAAUUAGUGAGAUAUGCGAGUGAAGGAGAGGUGGAAGAAGAAGAAGGCAGUACUGGCUGGACAAGAAGCGGCCAGAGGACAUCGGAGAACAGAUGGCAGCGGCGAGCUUCCAUAGACUCCACUGCCACGACAAUCAAAACCGUGGAAAUGGACACUCGUUCUCUGAACCCUCCUUUUCAUCAAAAACAGAGUCCUCGCCGGCGCCAGAGCAACUCCCCUGCCUCUCCCCUGCACCACCACCACUCCAUAUCAUCACCAAAAUUACCACCGCCGGCUCACGCCGCGGCGGGUUUCCACUCUCGUUCCGGCAGCCCCCGGUACAUGGCGGCGACGGAGUCGGCCAAGGCUCGGUCGAGAUCGCAGAGUGCCCCGAAACAGAGGAACAACUCUGUUUCAUCUCCUUCUCCGACUCUUACCUCUGACCACAGCAGGGAGCAGCAGCAGCCAAUCAGGCAGCCGCAUAGUAGCAGCGGCGCUACUUCAACGACGGCGAAGAAACGAUUGUCUUUCCCGGAUCCACCUCGCGCCGCCGGAGAUUACGAUUACGAUGCGGAAUACAGGUUGAGGUAUCCCAGCUAUAUGGAGCAGAGAUCCAAAAUGUCAUCCUCGUCUUACACUGACAGCGUUCUAACUGCGACUGACGAGAUUAUCUCCUCCUGUGCUGAUCCUGCUUCUAAUUACGAGGUUAACAGGUGGCUGCUUAGGUGAUCUCUUCCCAUGGAGAGAUGAGAUCCAAUUGGGAUUUGUAAUCACUGUACUUUCUUAAUCAAAUUCAGUAGACUAAUUGCAGGGACUGGCACAAACCCAUGAAAUAUGAACUUUAACAGAGCUUUUUUGGUAUUAGCAAUGGGUGGAGACAACUAGACAAUGCUCUGCAAUUUCUUGUUCUUCUUCCAUCGGAUUCUGUAAGUCAACAAAUUGUUAAACUAUGCUGCGAAAUGUGAAGCACAUGGUGAUUUAACUUUAAGCGAAGAACUUUAACCAGAAGCAAGAACAAAACAAAACAAAACAAAACCCCAGAAAGAAACAGAGAAACAGAGUAAACCAUUUAUUUCAUAAUGGUUUUUUUCUCUCUGUCUCAGUCUCAGUCUCAUUCUCACACCUAAGUGGGGUUGGUAAUGGUUAGUAUUAUUACUUGGGAGACUCGAGUGGGUUCACAUUCCCCCAAUACUCCGCCUGAAUAAUCAGACUUUUGUUUG